AUGUCUUCUUCCAACAACAUUGCCGCCAGCUCCUCUGUUGCUGCUGCUGCUAUUGGCGUUACUUUUUACGACGAAGCAGGAACCCAAUCUACUUUGGCUAACGCUGCUAUCGCUCGUAUUUCGCCCCCGGACGUUGUUGAGGAACAUCCCCUCCUCAAACAAUAUAAAAGCAUUGCUAAAAAUGCUUACGCCGGUCUUUGUAAGUUCACCAAAAAGGUGGCGGAUAUUACGGAGUCAAAACCUGGUUUUCUCCACUCUCUCGACUUCAAAUUCGAAGGAAAUAUGAAGCGAGAAGAUUUGACAGCUCUUAAUUUACACUGUCAUAAUAUUGCUCUCCCGUAUGCGUUAGAACCUCUCUCUAAGAAAGUUACGCAUUUCCGCACUAAACUUACAAUGCUUCCUGAACAAUUUGCUGACGAAAUGAAAGCUUCGUUCUGGAAUGCUGCUAGUCAAGACGAUCCUAAAAAAGUAGGAUCCCUGGAGACCUUUGAAUUCUCCCGUGACCAAACUGUUCUCGUCGACAAUAAUAUUAAAAUGUUGACGAACUUCAUCACUAUGUUAAAAGUAAAAGCCACUGCCUCGCUGGUAAGUGACUCUUGCUCUAACAUUAUGACUGAAAUUAUCGACUACCAUUUUUGCAUCGAUUGGCCACAUGUUGACCUUCUUGUUUUUUCUGAUUCAGACGAAGAAGAGGAAAAGCUCUACCGAUGGCGUAAGUAUGGAAGUCGACACUCUGGAUCGCGAACAAUAUGCCAUAAUAAAACCGCGAUUGCCCCCAAGAAAAAAACAAAAACAAUCGAAAUCCUCCCCUCAAAAGUCGCGCUCCGACAAAGGCGCAGGAGGGAAAGGAAAGGGGCAAAAGAAAACUCAAUCUUCCCAGAAGAAGCGCAACGCUUCAAAAACGAAGGGCUCCCAAACCAAAAAAGGAGCAAGAAAAAGGUUUUUGUCAAUAACGUUUCAUCUCUUUCUGAUAAUUUAAUCCCUUCGUACGUUUACUCAUUAUUGAAUAAAGGCGCUAAUUUCCAACUUACUUAUCCUUGCUCCAUUCGUCAGGCUGCAAAAAGUUGGUCCACUUCCCUCCAAGAGUUCUACCAAAAAGCAGAACAAGGGGAAAGCGGUGGCGAAAAAAUAAAUAAAUUAAAGAAACUCGAAAAUAUAAUUUAUUGUAUUAAUUUUAAUUUAUUUAAUAAAAUACCUCUAUUCAAUCGAAAGUACCAAAAUGUUUUUAAAUUUAAUUUAAACUGUGAACGUGUGUUUCGCUGGACUAUUGCUAAUAAAGUAUAUGUCGUGCUUGCUGAUAAAAAUCUCGGAUUAACUCUCGUUAACCAAGAUUGGUAUAAGCAACAGAUGAGUAAAUUUAUGAAUGAUAAAACCAGGUUUGAAUUCGUUCCUGGUGGUAAUAAUAUUAAACCUUGGAUUAAAUACCAAUUCGAUCGUUUAAAAACUAUCAUUCAUGAUGCCAACAAAGAUAGAGUGAAUUGUACUCCUCUCUUUGCUGAUGUUUGGGACGAGAAUGCGUUAUCCAUUCCUCAAAUUUACGGCCUUGUAAAAGUACAUAAAUCUCCUAUGGGCAUGAGAUUUAUCAGUCCGGUACAUAACUGGAUUAACACUAAAGCCGCUAAAUGGGUUGCUGCUAAGUUACAACCCUUUGUUGAUGAAUGUAAUUCUUAUGUCUUAGAAAAUUCUUUAGCUCUCUUGAAUUUUCAACAUGACUAUUUCCCAAGAAAUGCUCAGAUGCAGACUGCUGACAUCACUGACAUGUAUAAUAAUAUAGGUCAACGAGAUGCUAUCAGUAUUAUUUCUGCCUAUCUGAAGGUGAUAAAAUCUUCCUUCUCUUUUGAUGCCAAUGAUAUUAAUUUUAUCAUGUCAUUAAUUCAAUGGGUGUUUAAUUCUUCUUACGUUUUUUACGAUAAGAAAUACUACCUUCAACGAAAAGGUUUACCCAUGGGAAGUCCUUUAUCACCGGUCGUAGCUAAUUUAUUCAUGAUUGCUCGUGAGUAUGUUACGUUUAACAAUUUUGAGGUUACGCUACGAUCUUAUUCUGGAAUGACUAUAAAUUACUUCCGUUAUUUGGAUGAUGUUUUUAUCAUUUCAGUUCCUCCUUCUCACAAAAAAGAUAACGACGAAUAUAAUAAACGAGUCGAUCUUUUUUAUAAAACUCCAGGAUGUACUUUCCUUAAUAAUAUUGAAGAGAACAAUAGUGAUCUCACUAAUACCAAUAUUAAGUUUGAAGGAGGUCCAGUUAUUUCCGAAUUUGAUGUGGGCAUUAAUUUUCUUGACCUUAACAUCAAAUGGGUUCCGGUGAAAGGUUCUAAACGAAAAACUUUGAAGUUUUCGCUAUAUGAUAAACCUAUGAAUAAACAUAUUUACACCGAUCCUCAGACAUUUUACCCCCCUAAAUAUAUCUUUAAUUGGAUACAGGGCGAGAAUAUCAGAUUGAUACGAAAUAAUGACGAUUAUAAAACAUUUUUAAAUGCGUUACAGUCAUUUAAAUAUUUUCUAUCACGUCGUUCGUAUCCCAACGAUCGCAUUAAUGAAAAACUACUUCUUAAUGACUAUCGUGAUCGAUCUGAUUUAUUAACUGGUCUUAAGCCUCAUCAGGAGAGGCGAGAAGCUAUUAGGUUUCGUUCCGCUAUUAUCGGAACUGACACCAUGCAACGUAAAUGGGUUAUUACUCCUCUUGACAAUAACAGCGCCAGACCUUUAGUUCACUCUGGCCUUUCAUCUAUCGUUCGUGGUUAUCAAGCAAUUACACCUGACUCGAAUUGUCAAUACUUAUUUCCAAUUCGUAAAGGUCGCUCGAUUUACUCUUCUCUUUCUAAAGCAUUAAAGUCGCCAUUUUUUGGUAGGGCUUGGAUAUCUACACCCCCCGGAAUCGCUCAAAAAGGAAAUUCGCCUAAAGCGGAUGUAAUUUAUCCUUUUUUGGAAAUCACAUGUUUAGGAUCGACAUUAACCCUAGAAAUUUUAUAUGUCGAUCUUAAAUCACGCCGACCAAUGAAUGGUCGUCACAUAUCUUCUACUGCGGAAUUUCCUGUUUCGGAAAUUUGUUUUUCCGGAACCGGAUCGUCCGGGACAUUUAGGUUCCGUGAAAAUUCCUUACCUGCAGUUAGUACCUAUUUACCACUAUUUUCAACCACUAUAAAGUUAUUAGAGGAAGAAAGGAAUUUUGAAACUACUACCACCAGCCCUUUUAUCUCAAAUAUACUUGAACCACCUGAGUCAACCUUACUAUAUCCUUCUUCAUUAUAUUUUUCCUCUAGUCAAUCAAGUACAGUUCCAAGACAAGUAAAUCCUGAUACUUGGACAACAAAUUUAACACAACAAAUAAAAGGAGGAGACUAUUUUGGAUCUCCUAAACUAAAAAGAACUACUUCAGAUAUUGGAACCUCUAAACAAAAACAGAAACAAAAAGAGAAAUCUAUUGAACACUCUCCUACUAUUAGUUAUUUUGAUAAUACCGAUCAUAACAGUAGUAACAGUAGUAGUGAUAGUAACAAUA